CGGUAGAGACCAGACAUCGUUUAACGCUGGUACCAUCGUACCAUUGCUACACUUGUUGAUAGUGAGUUUAAGCUAUCGUGAUUAGUUUGUGUUCGGUUCGAUAAGAUGUGCAUUGUUAAACUGUGAUGUUAAAUUAUUCUUCCGGAAAAUAAUGGUGAACAAAAGUGAAAAAGCUUCAACACUGCCUCCAUAAAGCAUGCGUAGUCAUUUAUAACACACGAAAAAUCAAAAUAAACAAAGGAAACAUGAGAGUUUUAAUCGAGCUAUUUAUAAUUGCAAUCCUCUCAUUCACCGUGAUACUCGCACGCGAAAGGCGUAGCGUGUUCUACGUCAAGCACAACUCGACCGAGAAGAGCCAAAAGUCGGUUUCAUCGAGCGACGAGAAACCGACCCUCUGGCUGAAGGACCACGAUGCACCUCGGAUACGACCGCACUUCAGCCUAACCAAAACGUCCAACUUUUUGUUCGACCUCAAUCGGUACCGGUGCAGCGAACCGGUCACCCCGGACUGCAUCAAUCGGACGGUGCUGUUUCGGGCCAAAAUCAUUGGAGAGCUGCGCAAGCGUCUGAAGGAACCGUUUACCGACGGCGAUCACUAUCAGGUUCGGUACGGCCGGCCACUUGAACCGGUCGCUAGUCCCGUGUGCCGAAUGAUGCGGGCCAAUGUGCGCGUACUGUCCUGGAAGGAGCCGCCCUUUACGUGGAACGAGAUCGGUAGCUAUCUGCCAACGAGCCCACUGUUCGGUGACGUUACCAAUGGGAGCUGUGUCAUCGUUGCCAGCGCCGGUUCGUUGAAGCGAUCGCAGCUUGGCUCGUUCAUCGACGAGCACGACAUCGUGAUGCGGUUCAAUCACGCACCUACGGAGGGGUACGAGGCGGACGUUGGUUCGAAGACUACCAUCCGUGUGGUGAACUCCCAGGUCGUAACCAAACCCGAGUAUCAACUGCUGACAGCGCCACUGUUCCGGAAUGUCACGAUCGCCGCCUGGGACCCGGGCAAGUUCGAUCAAACGCUGGCGGAAUGGUUAGCAACUCCAGACUUCAAUUUGUUCGAUAACUUCAAAAAGUUCCGGAGUAGCCAUCCACAGUCGAAUUUUCACAUCAUCGACCCGCGCAGCAUCUGGAGGGCUUGGACUGCACUGCAGGAUCUGACGGAUGUGCCAAUUCGAAAGAACCCGCCAACGUCUGGCUUUAUCGGGCUGGGUCUUCUAUUGCCUGUCUGCCGCUACAUAGACGUGGUGGAAUACAUACCAAGCACUCGCAUGAACGGGCUGUGUCAUUACUAUGACGACGAGCUAAACCUCGGCUGUACGUUCGGUGCGUGGCAUCCACUAGCGGCGGAGAAGCUGCUCGUCUUCCGAAUGAACUCCGCCGACGACUACAGCGUCUUCCAGCAGGGCACCGUCCGCAUCCGUACCGAUCAGCUCGAACGGUGCUAGGGCGACGACUUCCGGCACCUGUCCGACGGCCGAUCGCCGAUGAAAAAGGAGCAAUGGAAUCUCUUCACCAACCCUCCCUAACAUCGAAGCAAAAUGUCGUCGCUGGCGCGAAACAAUUAACAACGGCACGAAUUAAUUAAGCAAUUCAAAUCGACAGCUGAGGUCAGGACGGCGCGUGCCCGCGUCUGCAGCCAGUGCACACACACACACAGCGGCAUUAGACAUUCCAUCCAGAGCGGGUCCAUCGGUAAACGAUUUGUGUGUAUUAAGAUUAGAAAUAAAGAAACCCGUGAGGAGAGGGUACAGAGAGAAAAAAAAACAAUACAUGCGCUUCUAACA